AUGGAGGAGGGCUUCCACAAACGCGGAAAAGGUAAACCCGAGCAGCAGCCCGGCAGCCAGCUUUGCUCUGUCUGCCCCUUGCUGGUCUCCUCUACGGGGUCUGCUUUUAGAACCUGUGACUGUGGUCUAGGUGAAGGACUAAAAGAAAUCUCCCUCUUUUUCUUAGAAAGACAAAUCAACCUUAAGGUCAAGCCAUCUGUACACAACUUGAGCAAAACUCAGCAGACCAAUCUCACUGUGGGCAGCCUGGGACUAGGCCUGAUAAUCAUCCAGCAUGGGCCCUAUCUCCAGAUCACCCACCUCAUCAAGAAGGGGGCUGCAGCCAGUGAUGGAAAACUCCAGCCAGGCGAUGUUCUGAUUAGUGUUGGCCAUGCCAAUGUGUUAGGAUAUACUCUUCGAGAACUCUUAAAGCUUUUGCAACAGAUCACCAUAGGAACAGUGCUACAAAUCAAGGUUUACCGAGAUUUUAUUGACAUACCCCAAGAAUGGGAAGAAAUAUAUGAUUUAAUCCCUGAGACCAAAUUCCCAGUAACACACACAACAAAGAAAACUGAACUGGCAAAAGAUGACUCUUUCACAAGCAGCCAUGAAAAUGAAGAUGUAAUUUUAGAAAAAAAACUUAUGUAUUAUAAAUAUCCACAGUCCACUGGGCAUCAACCUGCAAGGAGACCAAUGUCUAUCUCCAAAGAAUGGCAUGGAUACAGAAAGAAGAACCAAACUCUUAGUGUGGGAAAAGACAUUGACUGUGACGUGAUGAUUCAUAGAGAUCACAACAAAGAAGUGAGAGCCCCUGCUCCUUGCUGGACUAUGGUGAAGCAACACAAUGAAAGCUCCUCCUCGUCCUCAGCCUCCUCGAUCUCAGAUGCGUUUUGGCUGGAAGACUAUGCCCAAGUUGAAAAGGGCAAAAAGAAUCAACCUGUAUCAAAAGUCAGGCAGUAGUUUGCAAAUCUGUGAUCACAGGAGCCUUCUUGAGAACAUCCAGUUUUUGUGCAUUCCAUGUACAGGUUUGCUAUACUUACAGAAAUAUGUGCAGACUUACCAGUUAUCUUUUACAAAUGGUAAAGCCUCCAGAGCCCGUCUCCAAUGUGAUAUCCAAAGACUUCCUUGGGUCUCACAAACCUUAUUCUCUAAACAGUAACACCGUUCAGAUCAUUAAGACCCUCCUUUCUGAAAAGGCCUUAUCUUUUAGAAAAUGCAGCCGAGGAACCCAAUAUCAGAAUGUGUGAACAUAAUAGAGAAUUUUACUUUUUAAGGUACUACAUUUUUAUUUAUUUAGUUUUUCUUGUUUUGUAAACUUUAAAUGUCCUACUUAAAACAAGUAAGAGAAAUUUUUUGGCUGGUUGUUCAUAUUAGAAUUUUUUCCCCUCUUUUCAGCCCUACUUUUAUUUUGAAUGUUGGGUUGAUAAUUAUUGGAAAAAGACUGCAUAGAUAAACAGAUGGGGAGAAGGGAGCAAAUGAGAGACAGACAACUGUCACAGUAAAAUAAGUCAGACAUAUAAAAUAAAGCAGUGGGAAUACAGGAUUUAACUAACAGGGAAUUAAUAUUUUUCAGAAAUUACUCCUAUUACAAAAAGAGGCAAAAAGGGGGUAAAACCCAGAUCAUUUAAUUGCUUUUACCCAAGGACAGAUUUUUAACUGCUUUUAAAGAGCCGUUAAUGAUAAUCUGGAAGUAUUUACAGUGAGAGCUAUUAGCCUUACUUUUAGUAGUGGCUGAUGCUUCUCUAUCCUAUUAUAUUCCUGUUCUCAUCUAAAAUAGCAUCUAAACAAAGAUCUCAGUGUAUAAUAAAUACUUGCUGAUUAACUGAUUAGAAAAAAUGCAAGAAAAAGGUUUAAACAGAAUGUUUAUUGACUUUAGGUCACCCGGAACAAUUACUUACAUUUAUGCUUUCAGAUAUUUCACCUCAUUGAAAAAAAAGAGAUAAAUGUGUUAUAUUAAAUAUGAGACUUUUGACUUCAAUGAGCUUGCUGCUCUGGG